UUUAGAUAGAAAUAUAUACACUGAAGAAUUGAUAAACUGCCUUGAAGCAGGUCUAUGUAAAGUGUGUGUUUCUGUGGCCAGCGGUUGCAAGUCACUUCUCAUCCUGUGGUUUUACUGAGAACAAGUUCUAAAAAGGGACACUUAAUGUAGGUGAAAGCCAAAGUAGUCCGACAGACCAACAUUCAGAUUAUUCCACUUCAUCAUGGCUGGACGUCUGCUGCUGGUUGUUGCUCUGUGUUCCUUUAAUGUGGUCAAAGCAGGAGCUCGUCCGCCACCUAAACUCACAGUGAAUCCACUGAGGAUCACAGAGACAGAUUUAGUCACAUUAAACUGUGUGACUCCAUCGUCUGUUUCUGUGUCUCGGUGUAAAUUCUUCAUUGCAAUGCAAGAAACAUCCAAAGGUUUGUGUGUGGAGACACUGACAGCAACCAAGCUGCUGGAGAUGACACAUAAGCGUUCACCUGCUGAGGUUGAAGUCAGAUGUUUUUAUAUUGAACAGCUUGACGCAAUUAAUUUUACAUCUCCAGACAGUGAAACAUCCACCAUCAUUAUAAACAACCUUCUUCCACCUAAACUAAAUGUAAAUCCACUGGUGAUCACAGAGACAGACUCAGUCACAUUAGACUGUCAGAUUCCAUCGUCUGUUAAUGUGUCUCAGUGUUACUUUAACAUUGCAAGAAGAAAACCUGCGUUUUCUUGUCUGAAGACACUGACAGGAACUGAACUGCUGUCGUUGGCACAUCAAAGUUCACCUGCUACAGUUGAAGUGACGUGUUUUUACCUGAUGACACAUAAAUCUCCAGACAGCAACGUGAUCCCUGUCUCCAUAGAGACUCCUCGACCUGAACUCAGAGUGAAUCCAGCGUCAGUCACAGAAACAGACUCGGUCACAGUGAACUGUGUGACUCCACCAUCAGUGUCUGUGACUGACUGUUAUUUAUACUUUCUAAGUACAAAAACUCCCAAAGUCGUCUCUUGUCUGCAGACACUGACAGGAAAUGAGCUUCUGUUGAUGUCACAUCAAUCUUCACCUGCUGAGGUUGAAGUGAAAUGUUUCUACACCACAGGACAGUAUCAGUCUCCAUACAGUUACACAUCCUCCAUCAGGGUUGAUGUAAAAUCCACUACAACCCAGAUGACAACUUUCAGGACGACUACAGGUUUGAUUGCCGGUAUAUCAACUGACUCUGUUAGUUUGCUUUCUACUUCUGUGACAUCAGUGAAACCAACAUCAGUUUCUGAAGGGACUGAUGAAGCUUCAACAGACACUUUGACUUCUGCUCUGUUUCCUGUGACCCCAACAAACUCAUCUCCAGAAACAGUUUCUGAAGGGAGUGAUACAUCUACUACAGACAUUUUGAAAUGUGAUGUGCCUUGUGUGACCACAACAAAUUCGUUUCUCGAACUGCGGAUGUUGGUCGUAGCUGCGUGUGGUUUUGGAGUAAUUGUGGGAGUGAUCACACUGGGAGUGACAGUAGUCUGUCACAAAAGAAGAAGCGAAAAAAGUUUUCCCAAGAGGUCACAAGCCAGCAUGUCUGGCGACUUUCUGAGCAUGUCUAAUAUUGGCCAUGGAGGAUCGUUAUCUGCAGAUAAUACUGAAGCUUACAGAGUGAUCAGCUUUGUCCCUGCUGCUGAUCGUCCUACUGGGUUUGAGCGAGUUGCUGGACGGGAGUCUCAAAAUGAGAAUGCAUACCAUGUGUACGCCACCAUCCCUGAGGAUCCACCUGCAGCAGACCUGAAGGACAUGACUUACAGCACAAUACAGCCCCAUUGAAACACAGAUUUGAAUCCUGUCUAGACAAACAAAAUGUAGAUACACCAACAGAACUAUCACACAUUUAAACCAUAAGGCUUAGACUGCAAGGCUAUUAUUGAUAGAAUAUAAAUAAUGUAGUAAUAAUAUCACCUGGAUAAUGUUUCUGUUUUAAUAUGACCAUGAAAAGUUCAUAUUUAAAAUAUCUGCAAGUUGUUUAGUGCCAAUGAAAAAUUAUCACACUGGAUUACAUCUGCAAAGCUUCUUUUAUAUUCUCUGCACUAACCAUGGAAAUCCAGACAGGAAUAAUGUACUUAAGGGUUAUGUUAACUAAACCUAAAGCACGUGGCUGAGGAUCAAAACGUAGAUUGAGUUAUGUCAAAAAGGUCAACUCUGACUUUCUUCUUUAGAUAGAAGACUCUUAAAAUUUAACCAAAAUAAUUAUAUUUUGCAACUUAUUUUAGUAAAAUGCAGAAUACCAUCUGUCUCUGGUUUAAAUCCUGAGGUUUUAAGUUUUGUUUGCAUCCACUUGAAUCCCCUCAGUGUGGCUUUUGUGCAUUUAUGUUGCUCUUACAUGGAAUAAAUGUUAUCAACAUAAUCCUGACGAAAAUUAUAUUUUCUCUAAAAUAUAUUUUAUAGGACAUUGAGUGAUAUGUAACAAUCACAGCUUCCUUUCUUCUAUUUUUGUAGUGUUCAUGAAUUUAUAUAUAGAUUGUGUAUAAAACCUACUACAGAUAAUCAAUAAAUAUAAUUUAAAAAAAUCUUUCCUGCUGAAUGUUGAAGUGCCUUUUUUCAAAGCACUGAUGUAAAGAAUAAAAAGGAAAAUAGAUACUGAAUGUUAUGUGGCCAGAAACUGGAAU